UUUCAACUCGUCGCAGGCCCGCACACGGCACGUCGCCUCGAAUUGUCUGCUGGGCGGACGGCCAUUCCCCCCAUGGCUGCUUUGUGGCUUAGGGGUUCCUUGCUUCCAUGCGGGACAGCGAUCGGUUCCACACUUCUUCUAGAACGCUGCCGCCAAUCAGCGCUCUCAAAAAUUCUCCCAUCUUUGCUGCCCGGCCUGAUCAGACUGCCUGAGCUCAACAAAGGCACUCGGAGGCAUACACAGCACACCGCAGACGCUGAGCGGCGACGGCAGACGACGCGUGGCGCAAAAUCAUGGCGGCCGCAUCUGAAAACGGCCUGCCACCGAAUGGGGCUCAGGAUGCCGUCUUAAAACCGUCAGAAUUUUCAACGGAGGGUGCGCGAGAGAUAACUGGUGUGGAUUUCAACCAGUAUGCGGACCGAAACAUCACAGUAGCAGAGUUGGUCGACAGCAUGACCACUAUGGGCUUUCAAGCCACGUCGAUCGGGGACGCCGUCAAGCUCGUUAACGAGAUGAGAUCAUGGCGCGACCGGGAGACGGGAGACAAAGCAACCGUAUUCCUGGGCUACACGUCGAACCUGAUAUCUUCAGGUCUUCGGGACACGCUGCGCUACCUCGUCCAGCAUAAGCACGUGUCUGCCGUCGUCACCACGGCCGGGGGCGUCGAAGAAGAUCUCAUCAAAUGUCUCGCGUCGACGUAUCUUGGAUCUUUCACGAGCAAGGGCGCUGAACUGCGCAAAAAGGGAAUCAACAGAAUUGGCAACCUUGUUGUACCCAACAACAACUACUGCGCCUUCGAAGACUGGGUGAUUCCCAUCCUUGACAAGAUGUACGAGGAGCAGGAAGCCGCCAAGGGAAGCGAGGGUGAGUUUUCGUGGACACCAAGCAAAAUCAUCCACCGGCUGGGGAAGGAGAUCAACGACGAGAGAAGCGUGGCGUACUGGGCGUGGAAGAAUGACAUCCCCGUCUUCUGCCCAGCACUGACGGACGGAAGUCUGGGCGACAUGAUGUACUUCCACACGUUCAAGACAUCGCCAGGCCAGCUACGCUUCGACUUGAUCGAGGAUCUAAGGAAGAUCAACACGAUGGCCGUCCGGGCCAAGGCCGCAGGCGCCGUGAUUCUGGGUGGAGGAUUGGUCAAGCACCACAUCAUGAACGCGUGUCUGAUGCGAAACGGAGCGGAAUGGGCGGUCUUUGUCAACACGGCGCAGGAGUUUGAUGGAAGCGAUGCCGGCGCUCGGCCAGACGAAGCAGUCAGCUGGGGGAAGAUCCGCAUUGACGGAGAGAGUGUGAAAGUGUAUGCUGAGGCGACGGUUGCCUUCCCACUCAUCGUUGCGGGCACAUGGGCCAGAGUGGAUGAGAAGAAAGCUAGUUCAUGAACCGGGGGACGUAGGUCCACGGGCAGCGCAAAGGUUGUGCACUGGAGAUUGCCCACCGGAGGCUGCUCACGUUUCGAAGGUCAUGUGUUGGACGACGAGGCGUAUGUGGGCAAAUACAUGUCUAUGCAUAUUUGUAUGCGCAUAUGUAGGUACAAGAGAAGAAGCUUGCGCUGGGAUCAUGCACGGGGGGGGGGGUUGUGGAAUGGCGCCUUGUGGACGCCAAGAGAAUCCACGACGUGGUAAGGGGAGCGAUGUGCAAGAGUUUAUGUGGAGCUGGAACGGAGUAGUCAGAUGCAGAAACACGCCAACGAAGUGGCCACGCUUCUCACCUUUGCGGCCGUCAUGUGGACCGCGUUUGCGAUG